AUGGAUGGGCCGAUAACAAGAGGCCCUCUUCAACGAUGGGCGAAGAAGACUACCAACGAGAAUAUCAAUCCAUCGUUGAGCGCAUCUUUCAAAAAUGUUUCCAACGCAAACCUAAGCUCUUGCAAUCAGUCAAUGCAAAAAUUGUCAAUAUCAGCAAAUCAAAGUUGCAAUAACAGUGUGUUAUCUAGUAGUAAGACUCCUACAAGAAAUGAAAACAAAAAAGGGAAAAAGACUCCCUCGAAGAACAAAUCUCCAGGUCGUUCAACUACACCUACUCCUAAUAAAGCUUCUAAGACCCCUAAUAAAGCUGACAGAUUUAUCCCUUCUAGGAGUAAUUCAAACUAUGAUUUGUGUCAUUAUAUGAUGAGUCGUGAUGAAGAAAAAGGUGAAGAAGUUGUUACUCAGACAGCAGCUAGUGAGGCCAUUGGGAGAGCACUUACAGAUACUGAACCAGGAAGAUUGCUGCAGUACACAUGUAAAGCACCUGCUGCACCUGAGGGUUACCAGAACAGAUUACGAGUUGUGUACUCACAAGCCAAAGUUCCUUCAUCAGUGAAAAACACCACAAGAUACAUUCCACAAGCCCCUGAUAGAAUACUUGAUGCUCCUGAUAUUUUGGAUGACUAUUAUCUUAAUUUGGUAGACUGGAGUGCAUCAAACAUUCUAGCAGUAGCUUUAGGCAAUUCAGUGUACCUUUGGAAUGCUGGAACUGGACAAAUAGAACAACUUCUAACACUAGAAGGCUCAGAGACAGUUUGUUCUGUGUCUUGGGUACAAGGUGGUGGUACACACUUAGCUGUUGGUACUUCGACUGCUACAGUUGAACUGUGGGAUUGUGAGAAAAUAAAGAGAUUGAGGUUGAUGGAUGGGCACACAGGCAGAGUGGGCUCACUAGCAUGGAACAUGUACAUAGUUUCCAGCGGUGCUCGAGAUGGUAACAUUGUGCACCAUGAUGUGAGGCAACGUGAACAUGCUCUUGCUACUAUCAAUGCACAUUCACAGGAGAUUUGUGGGUUAAAGUGGUCCCCUGAUGGCAAGUACCUGGCAUCAGGUGGCAAUGAUAAUCUACUCAACAUCUGGCCAAUUGUUCAGGGACAGCACUACACACAACCUCAGUAUCUCUAUUCUUUUAACCAACAUUUAGCAGCCGUUAAAGGGCUAGCAUGGUGUCCAUGGAGUGCGGGUAUUUUGGCUUCUGGAGGCGGCACUGCUGAUCGAACGAUACGAAUCUGGAAUGUCAACACUGGAGCGAACCUCAACACUGUUGACACUAAAUCUCAGGAAAAAGAAAAUAGAAAAAAAAGGGAAGUAAGGUUUUGGAUACAUCCGAUUUUAGAAAAAAGGGAGGAAUAUGGCGCGUUUCAUACACUUGUCAAGAAUCAAUUGAGAGAAGAUGAAGACAAGUUUUACAAUUAUUUUAGAAUGCAGAAAACUACAUUCGACAACUUGCUCCAAAAAUUAUCCCAGGAACUAAAACAUCAAGAUACUUUUAUGCGAGAGAGUAUAUCGCCCGCAGAAAGAUUGGCUGUAACUCUGAGGUAUCUAGCAACAGGAGAUACCUUUACUGACCUAUACUACAGCUAUAGAAUUGGAAUAAAAACCAUAAGUUGCAUCGUGUGCUCGAUUGUGUGGAGCACGCACUACAAGGAGCUGAUCUCGGGGCACGGCUACGCGAACAACCAGCUGGUGAUCUGGAAGUACCCGCUGAUGACGCGCGUGGCCGAGCUGACCGGGCAUGUGGCGCGCGUGCUGCACCUGGCGCUCUCGCCCGACGGCACCACCGUGCUGUCGGCCGGCGCCGACGAGACGCUCAGGCUCUGGAAAUGUUUCAUGUUAGAUCCGUCCAAGAAGAAAGAGCCCACUGAUUCAAAGGCCGCGAAAUCCCUACUUAACAUAAAUACCUCAAUGAGAUAA